AAGGGGAACAAACAUGUCGAACACUAAGCUGUCUACAGCGGCGGAAGAACUUCAGGAACUAGAUUUUAUCUUUAAAAGUGGUUCUGAUCUGGAUGUUGUAGAGAGGGGAUACGGACGGAAGUUGGUUCACGCUAUAAGUAGUCAAAAUGAGAUUUUGGAGCGCGAAGCUUUAAAAAGUCUGGGAGAUGUGUACCUGCACAAAGCAAACAAGAGCACUGGUGAAGCAGAGAAUUUCAACAAGGCGCGCUCGUUGUACACAGAAGUUUUACGGUAUUACACCAGUCUCGAGGAGAAAGAAGUUGUUCAACAUCGCAUCAGAUAUGCUGAGAAACUGGCUCUUCAUCACCGUACGGUAAAAGUACCUUUAAGUAAUUCAGGCAACAGCACAUCGGCUGUGUGGACGACCCUAAACAAAGUAAAAACCAAAUUUAAAGGGUAUGGAACAACCCCACUGAUUGGAGGUUAUACAAACUCCUACGUAAAUGGAAUCAUCGAAAGAAAUGAACUUCUAAAGAUAGAAUCGUUGAAGAGUCUUGGAGAUCUGUACCUAGAGAAGGGAAUGGUUGGCAAGAACGAGGAAGCGUUCACAAAAUCAGCCGGUCUUUACCAAGCGGCGCUGGACCGCUGUGAAGAUUCAGACGGCAGAGAAACACUACAGCACCGCAUCAAGUACGUGGAGAAAGUCAAAGAAAAAGAAUGCAAGAAGGCCGAAAAUCGACUAGAAACGAGACGAACCAUGAACAAUAAAGUUGGAACCAACAAUGAAGAGACACCGGAAGUCACAGACAGUACGUACGAAGACCAGCUGCAGGAGGGCUGCAGGGCCCUGCAGACAGGAUACCUAAACACUGCAGAACAGCACUUUGCAGCAGCCAUCAAGGCCGUCCAUAUUAAAGGUCAACACUUCGAAGAGGUAGAGCCCCUCUGCAAGUUAAGCGAUGUUUAUCUGAAGAGAGGAGAGAAGUCAAAAGACGGAAAUGACUUCACCAAGGCUGCAGCACUCAGUAACGCAGCACUGGUGAGAGCUAAGACAGAAGGCAAAGAGGGUAUUAAGCAAACUGUCCAGGCUAUUACUCAAUCAUUUGUUAAGUAUGUCUUGAGUAUUGAACAAAUUGUACCCCUCGAUGACAUAGAGAAACACAAAUCGAUGUUAUCAGAAUGUCGCUGCUAUGUAAUAGAAGAGAUCAACAGAAUUGAGAAACAGAUAGAUCCUUACAGCCUUGACGAUAACGACCCGAGAAUGAAGAAAGUAGAGAAGAAGAGAGUAGAGGCAAUCAAAGCUCUGUUUGACACCAUUGUUCAUCAGCGUAGAACAUUCAUAGCUGGCCUGGUAGAUGAGUGUAUAGAGGUAAUGGGUCCCCCUCCCUGUAAGUACGCAAUGGUAGGACUGGGUUCACAUGCCACAGGGCUAGUAACGCCAUACUCCGAUCUGGAGUUUGCUAUUUUGAUAGAAAAGGAAACAGGGGAAAGUGUGACAUACUUUUAUAAUCUCACCCAUUAUCUUCAUCUAAAAGUGAUCAAUCUAGGAGAAACCAUUCUCCCAGCCAUGGCCAUCAAGUCUCUCAACGAUUUUGAGUCAGAUAACAAGCUGGAGGACAGCUGGUUCUACGACUCUGUAACACCGCGUGGUUUUUCGUUCGAUGGAGCCAUGCCACACGCAUGUAAAACCCCAAUAGGCAGAGGCAAAAACUCCCUCCUUAUUCGCACACCAAGUGACAUGGCCAAGAUUAUAGAAGAUGACGUUAAGCUCUAUCUAAAGAAAGGCUACCACUUAGCGAGUGUCUUGGGAAAUGUCUCAUUGAUCACUGGAGAGCAAGACUUGGUGGAUGAAUACACCACUGCUUGGAAUCGGCAAAUGAAGCAAAAUGGAAGUGAAAUUGCCAGGCUUCUUGCAAUCACCACGUUGGAGGAGAACACUAAAACAUUUGAAACUAAGGAGCUGAGUGCCAAGCUGUUGGAUGUGAAGAAACAAAUCUACCGCUUUUCAAGCCUUGCAGUUACUUCGUGGGCAUUACUUUGUGACAUACAGCCGACAACAAUCUGGGAGACUAUCCAGAAGAUGUACGAGAAAGGAGUCAUCAGUGAUGAGAAUUCGCAUCACUUGAUGGUGCUGGUCAGCAUCUCGGCAGAACUGAGGUUGCGGACAUACAUGAAUAACCGUGGUCAAGUUGAAAAUAUGUCAGUUCUGUCGUCAAUAUCUGUCAAUGAUGACAUUGAGGUAAAAACAAAGAACGUAUUUUGCAUUCCUGAUAUAAAUCAGCUCAUGAGAUACUACUAUACGGAAAUGCCUUUAAAGGACCAUGUGUCGCAACUUAGCAACGGCCGUACUUUAAAAGAGCCCUCGAUACUAUUCGACAACUCCUCUCUACUACAAGCCGAAGUAUAUGGAAGUAUGUGUCACUACAAACAAUCAAAGACAUGCUUUGAUCAGGCACUCCAACAAAUGCUACUUAAGCAUGGGAAGGAUGCACACCAUCCUUGCAUCGCCUUGUUACAUAACAAGUUGGGUUACGUCUUGCAAAAUAUCGGUGAGACUAAGACUGCCGUCAGCCAUCAUGAAAAAUCACUACAGAUGUUACGGAGUACCUAUGGUGAGGACACUGCACAUCCUGACAUCGCCACGUCACUUAUCAGUUUAGGUACCGCAUGGAGGGACCUUGGUGAUCACAAAACCGCCAUUAGCUAUCAUGAACAGGCACUAAAGAUGACGUGGGACAUCCAUGGGCAGGACAUCGCAUAUCCCGACAUCGCCUGCUAUUCACUUAUCAAUUUGGGUGCUGCCUGGAGGGACCUUGGCGAUUACAAAAAGGCCGUCAGCUAUCAUGAACAAGCACUGAUGAUGAGAUUGAAACAGGCGAAGAAGCAGAAGAGCGCAAAGCAUCCUGACUCCACCUUGCAAAACAUCGGUGACACUAUAAAUGGAGUCAGCAGUCAUGAAACGUUACUGGAGAUGUUACGGGAUACCUACGGUGAGAAAAUCGCACGUCCUGACAUCGCCUCGUUACUUAACAACUUGGGUAAUUGCUGGUGUGACCUUGGUAACUACAACAAGGCCAUCGGCUAUCAUAAGCAGUCACUAAAGCUUAAGCAGAUUAUUUAUGGUGAGGGCAUCGCACAUCCUGACAUCGCCAACUCACUUAACAGCUUGGGUGCCGCCUGGAAUUUUCUUGGUGAUCACAAAUGCAGAACAAAGGGCGUCAGCUAUGUUGAAAUGUCACUACAAAUGCAGCGAAUUUUCCACGGCGAGGGCGUCGCUCAUCCUAAAGUGGCCGCGUCCCUUAACAACUUGGGUGGCGCAUGGAGGGACCUUGGUCAUCACAGAAAGGCUGUCAGUUUUUAUGAACAGGCACUAAAUAUGCAGCAGAGUGUCUAUGGUAAGAUGAUCGCACAUCCUGACAUCGCCAUUUCACUUAACAACUUGGGUGACAUCUGUAGUGACCUUGGUGAUGACAGAAAGGCGCUCAGAUAUCACCAACAAGCAUUAGAGAUGAGGCGGGAUAUCUAUGGUGAGGGUAAACCACAUCCUGACAUCGCCUUGUCACUAAGUAACUUAGGUAACGCCUGGAGAAAACUUGGUGAUCCCAGAAAGGCCUUUAGCUAUUUCAAACAGUCAUUCAAGAUAAGGCAGAGUGUCUAUGGUAAGGGUGUCGCACAUCCUGCCGUCGCAAAAGCAAUUAUCACCUUGGGUGUGACCUGCAGUGACCUUGGUGAUCACAGAAAGGCUAUCAGCUAUUUUGAACAGGCACUUAAGAUGCAGCUGAGUAUCUAUGGUGCGGGCAUGGAACAUCCUGACAUCGCAACAUCACUUAACAACUUGGGUGCUUCCUGGAGUUACCUUGGUGAUUACAAAAAGGCACUUUCUCUUUAUCAAGAAGCAUUAGAGAUGAAACAGCAUGUCUUUGGUGAAGGUAAUCCUCAUUCUGACAUUGCCGCGUCACUUAACAACCUAGGUAACGUCUGUGGGAGCCUCGGCGAUCACAUUAAGUCUAUUAGCUAUCAUGAACAGGCACUAGCGAUGUGGUGGAAUAUCUAUGGUAAAGGCAAUCCGCACCCUGACAUCGCCAAGUGUUUGGGGAAUUUGGGUUCCGCCUGGAUGGACUUUGGUGAUCAAAGAAAGGCCAUCGGAUACUAUGAACAGGACCUACAUAUGAUGUGGAGAAUCCAUGGUGAGAACAAGGCACAUCCGGACAUCGCAGAUUCACUCCACAACUUGGGUUCCGCCCUGGGAACAUUAGGUAAUCACAGAGAGGCCGUCAGGUACUUUGAACAGGCACUACAGAUGAAGCGGAAGCUCUAUGGUGAUGACACUGCUCAUCCUAAAAUCGCCUCAUCACUUAACAACCUGGGUGGUGCCUGGGCCAAGCUUGGUGAUGUUAGAAAGGCCGUCAGUUAUAAUGAACAGGCACUACAAAUGAUGCGGUCUGUCUAUGGUGAGGGCAUCUCUCACCCUGACAUCGCCAACUCAUGUCAAAUUAUGGGUGAAACUUUGUUAACUUUAGGUGAUAACAAAAAGGCUGUCGGAUAUUUAGAACAAUCACUAGAGAACUGGAGGAGUAUCUACGGCGAGAUUACUGCGCAUCCUGACACCGCCAGGGUACUAGUUUUGUUGGGUGCCGUUUGGAGUAACCUUGAUGAUCGCAGAAAGAGCAACAACUAUUACAUACAGGCACUAGAGAUGCAGCGGAGUAUCUGCAGUAAGGGAACCGUGCAACCUGGCAUGGCUACGUCAUUGGACAACAUGUGUGCUACUUUGGAAAUCUUAGGGCAUUACAAAGAAGCCGUCAGCUAUCGUGAGCAGUCACUAGAGAUGAAGCAGAAAAUCUAUGGCAAGAAAACUGCACAUCCUGACAUCGCCAAAUCACUUAACAGCUUGGGUAACGCAUGGAGUAAACUGGGCGACCACAAAAAGGCCGUCAGCUAUCACGAACAGUCACUAGAGAUGAGGCGUAGUAUCUAUAGUGAUGUAAGCGCACAUCCUGACAUCGCCAACUCACUUCACGAAUUGGGUAACACUUGGAAUAACAUUGGUGAUUACAGAAAGGCCGUUGGCUAUCAUGAGCAGUCACUAAAGAUGAGGCGGAGUAUCUAUAGUGAUGACAUCGCACAUCCUGACAUCGCUGAGUCACUUAACGACUUGGGUGCCACAUGGGACAUGUUAGGUGAUCACAUAAAGGCCGUCAGGUUUUAUGAACAGUCACUACAGAUGGGGAGGAGGAUUUAUGGUGAGGAAGUCGCGCAUUCUGACAUCGCCCAAUCACUUAACAACUUGGGUAAGGCCUGGAGGAGCCUUGGCGAUCACAAGAAGGCAAUAAGAUACUUUGAACAUGUACUAGAGAUGAGGCGAAGUAUCUUCAGAGGAGACAUCGCGCAUCUUUACAUAGCCGAAACACUUAACUUCUUGGGUGCCUCUUGGGGAAUGUUAGAUGAUGACAGGAAAGCCGCCAGCUAUUUCGAGCAAUCACUAGAGAUAACACGGAGUUAUUACGGUGAGGACACCGCAAAUCCUCACAUCUACUCAUGUCUCCAAAACUUGGGUAUCACCUGGAGUUCACUUGGUGAUGACAGAAAGGCCGCCUCCUACUAUGAUGAGGCUGAACGGAUCAUGCAGAUGAUGGAUACGGGGAUUAGUUCCUGGCGUGUCGCUGUAAAAAAAUGAUUUUAAAAUUGUUCAAUAGCUUCACAGAGAACAUCUCAUGGAAGCAGUUAGUUAUACAACUUUUUCCACUGGUAUAACCAUCUUAAUUACAUUGUUGUUCAAACUGUUCCAACACAAAAAAUAAACUCAACACAAAUUUUCGUCAAGCUUCGUCAGAUGAAUGAUGCACUCGCUGACUCUCCAGAAGUCGGAAACGUGAUGACGUCAGGAAAGGAUCAAACGUAGCGGUAAGACGGAAUCUACCACCGUCGCGGUUCAGAAAGUAGUCCAUCUCCGUAACCAAAAUGUGCACCACAGGACCCCGAAAGAACAGACGUGUGGGGUUAUAUAUCACAUUCGGUGCUCAGAACAAAACAUCAGAAGACCCUGCACAUGAACAUACAUAGGGGAAACUAAAUGGUACCUCAAGGCUAGAUUCUCUAAACACAGGCAUCCCCCUCCCAGUACGUGAAUUGUCGCAACACUUACAUAUCAUGUCACCCGGACACACAAUUACGCUUGACAAGGUGCAAAUUUGACUAAAGCAUAACGCAGGAAAAUAAAAACACCUUACCCCGGCCCAGUGGAAAGGGAAUUCUGAAUGCUUUAUUUGAAAAAUUCCUUUCGUUUCUGUUAAAUCAAAAGAAACUAAGGGGCUACAGAUGACAGUUUCACAUUAAGAAAAUUUCGUACCAUAAGAUGCAAUAACAAUUACUAUCCUUUGCGCAUAAGUUCUUUUUUUCUUACAAUUUCUUAAUUGUUUAUCUAGAUAAUUGAUAAUCAGACUUAAACAAUAACACGUAUUAUCGAACUGCUGUCGGAUGAUAAAACUUAGAUGCGAUAUAUAGUGCAAUAGAUCUGAAGUAUUAAUUACUUUUAUUAUGUAUGGUCUAUACGUUAAUGUAGACUAAAUAAGUCCAGUAUACCAUGACGAUAAUGUACACCUUCGUCAACUUAAAAUAAAUGUGACAACGUAAUUUCUGUAAUAGUAUAUGUGCUCAGUUUUAUAUAUUCACAAAUGAUAAGCAGUAUAUUGAGUAUGAAUUGUAAGCGGCAAACAUAUUUAGUACCUCUUAUGGUAAAAUCAUUUUAUUAAAGGACAUAAACUUUCAAAUCUGUGUUUUGUUUUGCUCUGUCACCCGACCGCUUUUUCGAUACGAAGACCACAUUUCUGAGAAAACCAGGUUCUAUCAGUCCCCGGUAUGUUUUUGUUUUGUUUUCAGUUUAACUGCAUUUGCUCGAAAUACCGUACCUUACUGUAUGAAUAAAUAAAUAGACAUUGCUGAUAAUUAUCGAAAU